AUGGUUCAAGAUGAGAAAGCUACCCUAGAGCCACCUAAAGGAGAAGCAGCUGAUGAUUCAAUCAAGGAAGAUUCCAUUCUUUUGCCCAAGCAACUUGCCACUCAAGCAAGGAGUAAUACUAAGGCACCUAAACCAAACCCGCCCAAAGGAUCAUCCAAGAUGGAACAUGAAGCUGAAGCUAAAAAAGAUACAAGGAAGCCCAAAUCUUGUCCCAACCUGAAGCUCCUCUUCCCAAACGAGCUCAUUGAUGAGAAUCUCGAAGGAUUCAAGGAGAAAGUUGCAAGAACUUUACAACUUUUUCCAAA